CAUAGUGGAUUAUGUAGUGCUUUAUUAAGUGUUAACCCUACUAUAUAAACUGGCUAUUCAAUUUUCGCAUACCUUGUUCAGCGUCGUCUUCGCAGCCUCUUUUUUCUCUUACAAGAUUCAUCAUCAUGUCGCUGUUGCCGAAAGACGAUUCGAUUCAAAUCCGCGAGGUAUGGAGCGACAACCUCGAGGCAGAAAUGGCUCUGAUUCGCGAGAUCGUCGACGACUUCCCUUACGUCGCGAUGGACACGGAGUUCCCCGGAACCGUAUUUAGACCGAUCAAAGACGACAACACCAUCGUCGAGUAUCAUUACGGAACACUGAGAACGAACGUCAACUUGCUCAAGAUGAUUCAGCUCGGCCUCACAUUCUCGGACGAGAAAGGAAACCUCCCGACAUGUGGUUCCGACAAGUACUGCAUCUGGCAGUUCAACUUCCGCGAGUUCGAUCCCACCUGCUCCAUCUACGCUCCCGACUCCCGCAAGCUUCUCCUUGAUGCAGGCAUCGAUUUCGAUAAAAACCACAAAGACGGCGUCGAUUCGAAACGCUUUGCAGAGCAUUUUCUGUCUUCGGGGGUCGUGAAAAACGAGAAGGUUCACUGGGUUACGUUUCACGGCCUGUACGAUUUCGCUUACUUGCUGAAGAUAUUGAUCGAGGAGAAACUGCCGGAGACGCCGAAGGGAUUCGAUGACAUGAUUAAGGUGUAUUUCCCGAGGGUUUACGACAUUAAGCACUUGAUGAAGUUCUUCGAUUUUCGUGGUGGUCUGAGCAAGUUGGCGGACCUGCUUGGAGUUGAGCGUUCGGGGGUUUCUCACCAGGCGGGAUCGGAUAGCUUGCUAACUUCGCGUGCAUUUAUGAGUGUCCAGGAGAAUCUCUUCAAUGGUUCUGUGCCAGAGAAGUACGCUGGUGUUUUGCAUGGAUUUUGUGUUGAAAAUGGUCACUGAAAUAAAAAGAAGAUAUGUUUUUCUAUGUUAUAAAUAGGUUUAUUUAGAUUCAUGUUUAUAUGUUUUGUGUUGUGUGAAUGCUAUAAUCUCCCUCUUCGUUCUGCUUUGUCUCCAUGGACUGUAUGUGUUUGUACUUUGUGCUCUGGCUUUGAAUCAGUCAUUUUUUGUAUAAUGGGUUCUUUGUAAUAUAAUCAUCAAGUGUUUGUGUGA